AUGCCUGCCAGACUCUAUCCGAUGGCGUAUUCAAGCUGUAUGAAGAAAGUUUUAGACAGUAACAAAAAUGCUGCUGUGUUGGAUAACAGAAUGUUUUUGGUUUUUAGCCCAGCUGUAGAGAAGCUUGAAAUUGUGGAAUGUGAUUUGGAGAAGCCAAAUCAAAUUGGAUCAGCAUUAUGGAAUGCAUCCACUGUGAUAUGUACCAUUGGUGCUAGUGAGAAGGAAAUUUUCGACAUUACUGGACCUUGUCGAAUCGAUUACAAAGCCACCAAAAACCUAGUUGAUGCUGCAACUGUUGCCAAAGUAAAUCACUUCAUAUUGGUUACUUCAUUGGGAACAAACAAAUUUGGUUUUCCUGCAGCUAUUCUCAAACCUGGUGGCAUGGAGAGGCCUACUGAUGCAUACAAGGAAAAACAUAAUGUAACUCUAUCAGCUGAAGAUACUUUAUUUGGGGGUCAAGUUUCAAACCUUCAGGUUGCUGAACUCAUGGCAACCAUGGCCAAGAAUCCCGAUCUUUCUUAUUGUAAAAUAGUAGAGGUCAUUGCCGAGACAAAUGCGCCAUUGACACCUGCCGAAAAACUUCUUACCACGAUACCUUCUCAACGCCCUUACGUUUCUCCGCCUAAGAAACCAGAUACGGCAACUGUCAGUAAUCCAGGCCCCCCUGAUAAUGUUGUAGCAGAAGUACUCAGUAUUGCCCCUGAAAUAGAAACAGAACAACCAAAACCAGUGGCGAAAACGGAACAGCCACUUUCUCCUUAUACCGCUUAUGAUGAUUUAAAGCCACCAUCAUCUCCUUCUCCAACUAAGCCUAGUGAGAAGAAACAGAUAAACAUCAGUGAUGCAGUUCCAACACCUAUUUCUUCGGAUACUCCAGGUAGCAUUCAAGAAAUAGAUGGCAUUUCUCAGACAACAUCUUCCUCAAAAGCGAAGGAGUCUCUAUCUCCUUACGCAGCAUAUCCUGAUUUAAAGCCUCCGAGUUCACCAUCUCCGAGUGUACCAACUACAUCAAUAUCCAAGAUAGAUACAGUAGUAUCAAGCAAUGGAGCAGCUCAACUUUCUGUGGAAGAUACACCAAAGGAUGAUGGACAGCCCCUUCAUGAACCAAAGUCAAUACCACUUUCACCUUAUGCAAUGUAUGAGGACUUGAAGCCUCCUGCAUCACCAUCACCUUCAUUCAGAAAAUCCUAG